AUGGACCUAGAUUAUCCUGGAGUGCAUCAUUAUGCCAUGGGACUAGAUCUUCUGGGGGAGAGACCUUGGAACAGUGAAUACAGCCCAUCAGGAGAUUUGUAUGGAAAAGAGAUACCUGUACCUAUAGAGAUACCUGUACCUAUAGAGAUACCUAUACCUAUAGAGAUACCUAUACCUAUAGAGAUACCUAUACCUAUAGAGAUACCUGUACCUAUAGAGAUACCUGUGUCUAUAGAGAUACCUGUACCUAUAGAGAUACCUAUACCUAUACAGAUACCUAUACCUAUAGAGAUACCUGUACCUAUAGAGAUACCUGUGUCUAUAGAGAUACCUGUACCUAUAGAGAUACCUAUACCUAUAGAGAUACCUAUACCUAUAGAGAUACCUAUAGAAAUACCUAUACCUAUAGAGAUACCUAUACCUAUAGAGAUACCUGUACCUAUAGAGAUACCUGUGUCUAUAGAGAUAUCUAUACCUAUAGAGAUAUCUAUACCUAUAGAGAUACCUGUACCUAUAGAGAUACCUAUACCUAUAGAGAUACCUAUACCUAUAGAGAUACCUGUACCUAUAGAGAUACCUAUACCUAUAGAGAUACCUGUACCUAUAGAGAUACCUGUGUCUAUAGAGAUACCUGUACCUAUAGAGAUACCUGUACCUAUAGAGAUACCUAUACCUAUAGAGAUACCUAUAGAGAUACCUAUACCUAUAGAGAUACCUGUGUCUAUAGAGAUACCUGUACCUAUAGAAAUACCUGUACCUAUAGAGAUACCUGUGUCUAUAGAGAUACCUGUACCUAUAGAGAUACCUGUACCUAUAGAGAUACCUAUACCUAUAGAGAUACCUAUAGAGAUACCUGUACCUAUAGAGAUACCUGUACCUAUAGAGAUACCUGUACCUAUAGAGAUACCUGUACCUAUAGAGAUACCUAUACCUAUAGAGAUACCUGUACCAAUAGAGAAACCUGUACCUAUAGAGAUACCUAUACCUAUAGAGAUACCUGUACCUAUAGAGAUACCUAUACCUAUAGAGAUACCUGUACCAAUAGAGAAACCUGUACCUAUAGAGAUACCUAUACCUAUAGAGAUACCUAUACCUAUAGAGAUACCUAUACCUAUAGAGAUACCUGUACCUAUAGAGAUACCUAUACCUAUAGAGAUACCUGUACCAAUAGAGAAACCUGUACCUAUAGAGAUACCUGUACCUAUAGAGAUACCUGUACCUAUAGAGAUACCUAUACCUAUAGAGAUACCUAUACCUAUAGAGAUACCUGUACCUAUAGAGAUACCUAUACCUAUAGAGAUACCUAUACCUAUACCUAUAGAGAUACCUAUACCUAUAGAGAUACCUAUACCUAUAGAGAUACCUGUACCUAUAGAGAUACCUAUACCUAUAGAGAUACCUGUACCUAUAGAGAAACCUGUACCUAUAGAGAUAUCUAUACCUAUAGAGAUACCUGUACCUAUAGAGAUACCUAUACCUAUAGAGAUACCUGUACCAAUAGAGAAACCUGUACCUAUAGAGAUACCUGUACCUAUACCUAUAGAGAUACCUAUACCUAUAGAGAUACCUGUACCUAUAGAGAUACCUGUACCUAUAGAGAUACCUAUACCUAUAGAGAUACCUGUACCAAUAGAGAAACCUGUACCUAUAGAGAUACCUGUACCUAUAGAGAUACCUGUACCUAUAGAGAUACCUAUACCUAUAGAGAUACCUGUGUCUAUAGAGAUACCUGUACCAAUAGAGAAACCUGUACCUAUAGAGAUACCUAUACCUAUAGAGAUACCUAUAGAGAUACCUAUACCUAUAGAGAUACCUGUACCUAUAGAGAUACCUGUACCUAUAGAGAUACCUAUACCUAUAGAGAUACCUGUACCAAUAGAGAAACCUGUACCUAUAGAGAUACCUGUACCUAUAGAGAUACCUGUACCUAUAGAGAUACCUAUACCUAUAGAGAUACCUGUGUCUAUAGAGAUACCUGUACCUAUAGAGAUACCUAUACCUAUAGAGAUACCUAUACCUAUAGAGAUACCUGUACCUAUAGAGAUACCUAUACCUAUAGAGAUACCUAUACCUAUAGAGAUACCUAUAGAGAUACCUAUACCUAUAGAGAUACCUGUACCUGUAGAGAUACCUAUACCUAUAGAGAUACCUAUAGAAUGGACUUUUGUCUCCAACGACAGCUUUCGUAGCAUGGUAAUUGCAGCUGCAGAGCAAUUUGACAGUGCCGACAACAGACCAUACAGAAUACCGAGUGAGGAGGAAAAGGUCAUUCUAAGGACAUCAGUGGAAGAAAUGGGAAGAACUAGGAUACAAAAUGAAUUAUUCUCCAACUAUGUUACCAGUGAACGUUUUAACUGGUCUCAGUGA